CAUUCAGUGGAUAUAUUAUGGCAUGGCCAUGGGCCUCCAUUCAGUGGAUAUAUUACCAUGGCCUCCAUUCAGUGGAUAUAUUACCAUGGCCUCCAUUCAGUGGAUAUAUUACCAUGGCCUCCAUUCAGUGGAUAUAUUACCAUGGCCUCCAUUCAGUGGAUAUAUUACCAUGGGCCUCCAUUCAGUGGAUAUAUUACCAUGGCCUCCAUUCAGUGGAUAUAUUACCAUGGCCUCCAUUCAGUGGAUAUAUUACCAUGGCCUCCAUUCAGUGGAUAUAUUACCAUGGGCCUAGCCAUGGGCCUCCAUUCAGUGGAUAUAUUACCAUGGCCUCCAUUCAGUGGAUAUAUUACCAUGGCCUCCAUUCAGUGGAUAUAUUACCAUGGCCUCCAUUCAGUGGAUAUAUUACCAUGGGCCUCCAUUCAGUGGAUAUAUUACCAUGGCCUCCAUUCAGUGGAUAUAUUACCAUGGCCUCCAUUCAGUGGAUAUAUUACCAUGGCCUCCAUUCAGUGGAUAUAUUACCAUGGGCCUCCAUUCAGUGGAUAUAUUACCAUGGCCUCCAUUCAGUGGAUAUAUUACCAUGGCCUCCAUUCAGUGGAUAUAUUACCAUGGCCUCCAUUCAGUGGAUAUAUUACCAUGGCCUCCAUUCAGUGGAUAUAUUACCAUGGCCUCCAUUCAGUGGAUAUAUUACCAUGGGCCUCCAUUCAGUGGAUAUAUUACCAUGGCCUCCAUUCAGUGGAUAUAUUACCAUGGCCUCCAUUCAGUGGAUAUAUUACCAUGGGCCUAGCCAUGGGCCUCCAUUCAGUGGAUAUAUUACCAUGGCCUCCAUUCAGUGGAUAUAUUACCAUGGCCUCCAUUCAGUGGAUAUAUUACCAUGGCCUCCAUUCAGUGGAUAUAUUACCAUGGCCUCCAUUCAGUGGAUAUAUUACCAUGGGCCUCCAUUCAGUGGAUAUAUUACCAUGGGCCUAGCCAUGGGCCUCCAUUCAGUGGAUAUAUUACCAUGGGCCUCCAUUCAGUGGAUAUAUUACCAUGGGCCUAGCCGUGGGCUUAACUGGAUAUAUUAUUUGUUAUUUUUGUGCCACAUACAGGAAAUAAUGUGAACAAGUGUACUUAAUGACACCCUGUCCAAUAAUAUAAUUAGAUUUUCAACUCUAAGUAGUAGUCUGACUGUAGGAAAAGUGAUUUAUUAAGAUAAUGCUGUAUGCCUCAACAUCUUAAAACAUUGAAAAGUGAGAAAUUGGUUUUGAAUUGUUUUGUGUGAUUAUGGAUUUUUGGGGGAGGGAUAAUUAAUAAAAAAAUAUGUAACUCGUUUUAUACAAA